AAUUUCAAAAUCGUUAGUCUGGUUUCUCUCUAUGGAGCGGUUGCCCCGCAACCAAGACAAGUGGGUACUAACUAACCGUUGUCUCUCUCUCUCUCUCUCUUUCUCUCUAACCAAAGUUAAAAUCAACGCUCUUCCCAUCUAUCUAGCAUCAAAAAAAUCGGGAAUCAAUGGAAUUAAGUCUCAAGUAAGUAAUUGCGAGAAGCUCUAUUCGACUCUAGGCUUACCGCAAACUGUUCGUUCCAUUGCCCAACCUCUUUCCCAUGUCCACCACCGCCCUCUCACUCUUCAAUCCCCACCCCCCUCCUCCUCCCUCUCUCUCUCUCUCUCUCUCUCUCUCUCUAGACCCCUCCGCUCCACAAUCGCACCUCACUCCUUCCCCAUGUCGAACGCGCUUCGCCUCCAUUUCUCUCUCUACAAACCCCGGUCCUCCCUCUCUCUAUUCAAAACUCCCCUCACCAGAAUUGCGUCCGUUCCCCCUCUUUCUCUCUCUAGAAAACUAAGCCCCAAAAUCUCAGCAAUCACUCUAGAUGAAUUGGUGAGGAGGGUGAAGCUCAAAGAGGUCUUGCGCACUGCAAAUGAAGGCCUUGAAAACCUUAUCUACAGUGCGAGAAUUGGCGCUCAAAGGCUUGAUCGUCGAUUUUCUCUCUCUUUGAGAUUUGAGCGUGCCCUAACGCUUGUAUCUAAUCAGACCAAGCUCAUCGAUCGCGAAUAUGGAAUCUCUCAAAAAUCUAAGGCGUUUACCAUGGAUAUUCGUCGAAAUUGGCCUAGGUAUAGGAAGCAGCUAAAUGAAUUCCUGGAAACACCAUUAGGCAAACUAUUUGCAACCCUGGUUUUCCUUUGGUUUGCGUUAUCAGGUUGGUUGUUCAGAUUCCUGAUUCUAGCAACAUGGGUUCUGCCAUUUGCUGCGCCUUUGCUCAUUGGAACUGUUGCAAAUAAUCUUGUGAUAGAGGGGGCAUGCCCUGCUUGUAAGAGGAGGUUUAUGGGGUAUCGGAGCCAGGUGAUAAGGUGCGUCAGUUGUGGAAGCAUAGUAUGGCAACCAAAAGAUCGCUUCUCUCGAGGCCCUUCUUCCUCUUCAUCUUCUGCAGACUCUGAUGUCAUUGAUGUUGAGAUAGAGGAGAAAUGAUGAAUUUCUAUGCUCUAUUGUGGGGAUGCGUACAACAGCUUUGCAAAUUCAGAUAUAUUUAAGAAGACAGCCAUGACAAGGCGAUCCUGUAAAUUUUUGGCAGAUGACUCUAAUAGAGUGAUGUGAAGUUCCUGUCACAGUGAAGAACAAUUGCCUGACUGGGAUCUAGGAGGAUAGUUGGGGAAGCAUUCCCCAUGGUUGAAGAACAGGUACAGAUAUAGCCAGAUCUCUCUUUCUCUCGAUUGUUUUUCGUAUAAUGCAAAUUGAGAAAUGCCAUGUGGAAAGGAAUUUAUAGUUAUGCUGUGUUUCGUUUGAUCUGUACUUUGUAGCCAUAUCAUGUCCUGGUUCCUUUUCCCCAUCGUCGAGAUGAAUUACAUUUUCCCAUCUUCAGGAUGGAAAUAAUCUGAUUUUCUUCCUGAAUUUACAUGCAACUUGUAUACCCCCUGCAAGUAUAUUGUAUUGUCAAAUCAAAUGAAGGAAAAAUCUGGGUUUUUCAUGCUUGGA